AUUUCUCUUCCACAACUCAUUCACCAAAACUCGGCCUCGCUGUCGCUCAACGGAUAAACCUCCAUGGCCUCCACCAAAAUUCUUUCACCCACCACCGCCACCACCUCCUCCAUCACCCAUCAGUCACUCUAUCUUUCCUCUACACUCCCCUUCCCUUCCUUACCUUCAUCUUCCCACAACAGGCCAAUCACCAAGCUCCACGUCUCCUCUCCACCCAACAAAACACCUAUCACCACUACCACCACCUCUAAAAAACCCAAUCAGGAAACCGUCUUCUUCGACGGUGGAGCUCACUACGGUGACCUCUUAGCAAACUUGCUUCUGGGUUUCACUCUUUUUUGGUUACCCUUAACUUUAGCUGCAGUUUCAAGAGCUUUUUACUUAAGAUACAGGUUUACCAACCUGCGGGUGACGGUUAUUUCUGGAUUCACGGGUGAAGACAGGACUGAUUUCUCAUACAAAGUGAUUAAGGAGGUGAAGGUGGUGCCAAGGUUUAUUGGUGAGUGGGGUGAUAUUAUCAUUACUCUGAAAGAUGAUACUAAGGUUGACCUUAGGAGUGUGCCUAGAUUUAGAGAGAUUGCCAAGUAUUGUCUCUCCAUGGCUGAGAAACCUGCCGUUUUGAAAGAAACUGGCCCAAAAGGCUUUUAAGGCUUUUGCUGUGUAACUUAUUUAUUAUUAUUGUAUCUUCUUGAAAUGUUUGUAAAAAGUUUUGUUGGUGAUUAUUUGGUUGAACGAUGGGAUUAACCAUAUUCAACAGCAAUUAUGAUUGCAAAAAGAUUCUUAUUUAUUAUUUUAGUUUUGAGUUUAUUUCUUUUUCCUA